AUGUCCCGCAAGAGCAUCGACAGCAGUCGCUCUCCAAGCCUGUGGAACCGAGCACUCUCCAUCCGCUCCAACAACCGGAGCAGCGGCGGCGGCUCCUCCACCACCAACUUCUCCUCUCACCACCACGGUUCCCGCCGGGGCUUCAGCCUCUCCUCUCUCCGGGGAACCAUCCAACCGGAACUCUCCAAGAAGCUCUACCGUCUAAUCAAGUCCGAGAACAACCUGAUCUCAGCACACGAGACGGCUGCCAAGGAGCGCCUCUCGAUCGCCCAACAACUCUCAGAGUGGGGCGAGCAGACUUGCGACGAAGGGAUCAGCGACAUCAGCGACAAAGUAGGCGUGAUCCUGUCGGAACUGGGCGAGCAGGAGGACAACUACGCGCACGCACUGGACGAGAGCCGCGGCACGCUGAAAACGAUCCGUAACACGGAGAAGAGCGUGCAGCCGAGCCGGGACGGCAAGAACAAGAUCGCGGACGAGAUUGCGAAGCUGAAGUCCAAGGAGCCUGAGAGCACAAGGCUAGUGGUGCUGGAGCAGGAGCUGGUCAGAGCCGAGGCGGAGAAUUUGGUUGCGGAAGCGCAGUUGACGAAUAUUACCCGUCAAAAACUCAAAGAAGCCUACUCAGCCGAAUUCCUAGCCACCAUCGAGCGCGCCGAGAAGCAAAUCAUCCUCGCCCGGCACGGCCUGCGUCUACUCAACCUGCUCGACGACACCCCCAUCGUUCCCGGUGACUCGCAGAUCCCGUAUACGCAAGGUCACCAAGCCAGACAAAUCCUCAAUAAUGCCGAAGACGAUCUGCGCGACUGGCGACCUACGACGACGUCGGCGGCUUUGGACGAGGACGCCAAGUAUGUUACUAGCAACUCGCCCCCUUCUCCGACGACGGCCCAGCAGCACGCCCAGCAGCCCCAGGCUUCUCAGCCGAGGAACGCUGCUUCUGUCCCUGAUCAGCAAUUGCAGCAAGUAUCGCAGCAGCACCAACAGCAGUUGAAUGAGAAGGAAGUGGAUGGUGCGAGUUUGACGGGGACUGAGACGAAUACGACUGGUAAUGAGAGUGUAGUAGGGGCAAACCAAGAGGUGCAGACGACUGCUGUUUAAUUUGGCGUGUUUGCAUGCUUUGACUUAUUCAUUUCAGCUUUGCUAUGGUACCGAUGUCGUUUUUGUUUAUCUAGUGUUCGAGGAACUGAUAUCUAUUUUGACUUUGUAAGAAGCAGCAUGUUUUAAGUCUUGACCAAAAUCAAGAAGAUUUCUAGCAGUAUUAACAGUC